AGGGAGGAGAAUACAAGUCAAAUUAGGCAAAAGAGGGGGCGCUUGAAAUGAAACCAACGAGACAAAAGAAGCGUGGACUCUCUGGAAUUAAAACAGAAAAGGAAGGGGCAGAGAAGGAGGAUUUUUUUUUAUUAUUUAACUUCUUUUUUAUUACUUGCUGUAAACGUCCAGCAUACUUGAUAAAUACGUGUAUUAUUUAAUUAUUUAAACAAAGUAAUACAAGUUUUAUACAACCCAACUUCUCGAACAUUUUCCUGAGGGACAAUCCACGAACUUACAAGCAGCAAUGGCACCUUCUCUCCUCCAGGCCUACAGGAGGCGCUGGUGGAUGGCAGUGACAGCGGUGAUUGAGAAUCUACUGUGCUCGGCCGUGUUAUUGGGCUGGGGCUCACUGCUCAUUAUGCUGAAGCGAGAGGGCUUCUACUCACACCUUUGCUCAGGUGGGCAUCGUAUGUAUACUGUACAGUGGGGGUCCUACAUGGUUUUUCUUUUGUUGUUGUCAUUUAUGAACAUGCGUUUCAAUUCUAUGACACCCAUAGAGAACGAUUCGGUGGUGGUGUCUUUGGGCAACUCAUCUGAUAGCGAGGUGGAACAGUGGCUCAGCUGUGUGGACCAAGAAGAGAUGUUGAAUCUGGGCUUCACCAUCGGCUCUUUCCUGCUCAGCGCCACCACAUUGCCCCUCGGGAUCCUGAUGGACAAGUUUGGGCCGCGCCCCAUUCGCCUGACGGGCAGCUCGUGUUUCGGUUUGUCUUGCAUCAUGAUGGCCAUAUCUGCCUACGACCCACCGACGCUUUCGGCACUCAUCUUUCUGGCUCUGUCCAUGAACGGCUUUGGGGGCAUCUGCUUGACCUUCACCUCACUCACGCUGCCAAAUAUGUUUGGUGCCCUGAGCUCCACCAUCAUGUCUCUAAUGAUUGGCUCGUAUGCCUCAUCUGCCGUCACCUUCCCUGGAGUCAAGCUCAUCUAUGAUGCAGGUGUGUCCUUUAAGGUGAUCAUGUGGUCCUGGGCAGGCCUCGCCGGGUUUGUCUUUGUUAACUGCUUCCUCAACUGGCCCACGGAAGGUUUCCCGACGCCCGAAGAAGUAGAUUACAGUAAGAUCCUCACACUGCAAGUGUCACCGUCAACUGACCAGAAGGUUGUUGAAGAGAGACUGAGAGAAAAAAAUGGUGAAAUCCAACACUCAGCGGAGAAACUUCCCAAUGGAGGCAACGUUGGGCCCAGUACUGUUCCUUUCCGCCGCUCUGUUUUCUCACCCAUCUUCCUGUGGAGUCUGGUCACAAUGGGGAUGUCCCAGCUGAGAAUCAUCUUCUUCAUGGGCGCCAUGAACAAGAUGCUGGAGUUCAUGGUGACACAUGGCGAAGAACACCCAUCCGAAGAGUUGGUGAUUGAGAGUGCAAAGAAAGUCAGCUUCUACUCAUCCAUCUUCGGCACCCUGCAGCUGCUGUGCCUCGUCACGUGUCCUUUGAUUGGUUACAUCAUGGACUGGAAGAUGAAGGAGUGUGAAGAGGACAAACCCCUUGCACUGGGAAGUGAAAAGAGUGGGCCCAAGCGAGACCGCACUAUCCAGAAGCUGACCAACGUCAUGAGGGCCUUCAUCCUCACCAACCUGCUGCUCAUCGUUUUCGGCUGCUGCUCCCUCAUCAACUGCCUGCCGCUACAGAUCCUGACCUUCAUCCUUCACACCAUGGUCCGAGGCUUCAUCCAUUCCUGCUGCGGAGGCCUCUAUGCUGCAGUCUACCCAUCCAACCACUUCGGCACACUGACUGGCCUCCAGUCUAUGAUCAGCGCUGUGGUCGCCCUGCUCCAGCAGCCACUCUUCAUCGCCAUGGUUGGGCCCCUUCAAGGAAACCCCCACUGGAUCAACGUGGGCCUCCUGAUCCUCUCAUUGGCCGGCUUCCUGUUGCCUGGUUACCUGUUUUUCCACCGCAGAUCCCUGAUCAGGGAGAAAGAGGCCCGAGACAAGAGGGCCACCGGCCAGGAGAUGCAAGCGCUCAACCAGGCGGAGGCCAACGGUUACAAGCACCAGAGCAACGGCCAAGCGGCUGUCGAGGCUUAAAACAGAAGCGAGGAUUUGAGGAAUUAUAGGAUUUAUUUUUGUAUGUGCCUUCAAAAUAAGCAGCAAUAUGUCCAAUGUUUUUUGGGUCUGAAAACCGUAUAGAUUGACAUAGGAAACCACCGCCCCACCCCCAGCCGGCUCCCUUGGCUCGCAUGCCCCCGCUUCGCAUCGACAGUGCAAGCCCCGUCCACGCUGUGGCGCGAUGUGAGCGCGAACUGCGCCACCGACAUUUGUUGGUGUUAUUUAUCGGGGUUAAUGUUGUCACAGAGCCAAAUGAGCGCAAUCCAAAGCCAUACAUCUGUUCUACUCAGCAACGCACACGUCCGCCCUGGUGUGGCCUCCGCGUUGCACUGCGGACAUUCUGGUACUUGAAACACUUGAAACACAAAUUUUCAGACAAAUCAUCGCAAUCCUCACUAACACCAAAGAGCAGCUUGGAAAUGUUAUUUUGUCAGUAUUGUUCAAGGAAUGUGCUGAAUUAAGCUUUUAGUGAAUUAUUAUUAUUGUUCUUAUUAAUGAUCAUGCUUUCUCCAGAGAUUCAAUCCAUAAAUGUCCCACAGGUAGGAAACGUAAUCAAUAUUGAAAGACUGCAGCGAAGCUUGUAGAGACGUCAUAUCUACCUCCUCCGUUUCACUGUCUCUCUGCAGCUGACCGAUUUGUCUACCUACUUUUUUUUUCUUAAUAUGAAUUCCCCAAAACAGAAUCAUUUAAUCAGUGAACUUGUCUCCUUUCAUAUGACUCCAAGUGGAGCUGAUUUAACCAUAGGAAUCCUAGAGUGAUUAUUCAAGUACACAUUGUGUGUUAAUGUUGUUUUGUUUCGGCACUUUGUACUGCUUUAUGCACAGAAAUGAGAUGGUGUGUGUAUAAAAUACGUAUUCAGUGUGUUUUCAUACUAUAGAUGCAGUAGAAUUCAAAAGGGAAGCAUUUGUUUGACCAGCAAAUGUUUUGUAGCCUGCCAAGAUGAUUGCCUGCAUAUGCUUUGCUCCAUGUUGCUUUUCUUGUCAUGACGUGUUGAUUCGCGAGUAACAAUCCGGCCAAAACAAUUAACUUUCUGUACAUAGUUUUGAGUGUUUUGCUAAAUGACAUAUUCUACUUUCUUUACCAUAUGUGUGUCCAGUAUGUGUUGCAGUGACUUGACCAGAAGAUGCUUGCUGUGCUUCAAUUAAUUUUGUGUAAUUUUCAGAUAGAUGAGGAGCACUCAAGUCUGCAAGUCAUUGUACUAUGCAACAGUAGAGUUUGGGCUUGUCCAAUCACUUUGUAAAAGAUGAUUUGUUUUGACGAUGCAUUUCAUUGUCCUUACAUGUUGGUUUUACGGCUGCUUUUAGAUGUGAUGCAUUUACUGUACGCAUUUUCUUUCCUUUAUGCAAUACAUGCAUUGUGUAGUUUGUCUAAACUUGGGUGCCUUUCCCUGACAUUUGGCUCCAUGGCAACGCUGACUUGAAAACAAAAACUGUGCCAAACUAAAUCCAAUGUAUUUGGGACCGUAAGCUGCAUCGUCAAAGUUGCAGCAACUGUAUGUGGAAAAACUGGACGACACCUAGAAGUAAAAUACACAUGUGCGUGGAGUAACAUUUAAAGUGUCAGUGGUGUUGAUGUAUCAUUCCUGUGAACUUUCAGAAAGUCAAAAUAGAUAUCACCAGCAUAACUGAGAGGAUAACAAAGCUUGUUAUUAUCUGCGAAGUCAAGAAGGGCUGCUUUUGCACAUGACAUCUGAUCAACACCUCUGAUCUUUUUCUUUACUCUGUAUAUCAUCAAUCAUGUACAGCAGCUAAUGUAAUCAUGCUUAAAGUAAUUAAUACUAGAUACAACAAUAACUUUAACCAGCUUGUGAGUUUGAUAAAUAAAUACAUGGAUGAAGUAA